UCCACGUGACCCUAUAAUAAAGAUGGCAGUUAUUAAAGAGGAGAGUGAAAACAUGAAGAUUGAAGAAACAUUCAGUCUGAAACCUGAAGAUACUGAGGAACAAACAGAACUGAUGGCGCUGAAAGAAGAGAGGCAAGAACUGACAACGAUAGAAGAGAAAGAUCAAUAUGAGAGACUUGACUUGAUGACUGUGGAAACAUCUAUGCAGUCUGAAGCAUCUUUAUCACCAAACAAAGUUCAGAAGGCCGAAUCUAACGGUCGCAUCACCUGCCAUCUAUGUGGAAAGAGUUUAAAACAAAAAUAUAACCUUCAAAUGCACAUGAUCAUUCACACUGGAGAGAAGCCGUUCAAAUGCCAAGUGUGUGGAAAGAGAUUCCCACGUAAAGAAAACCUUAAACGCCACAUGAAUAGUCACACUGGAAUGAAGCCUUUCAUAUGCCAACAGUGUGGAGCAUGUUUAGCACAUAAACAAAGCUUUGAAUCCCACAUGAAACGUCACACUGGAGAGAAGCCAUUCACGUGUGAUCAGUGUGGAAUGAGUUUCAUACAUAAAGUAUCCUUUGAUUACCACACGAAGAAAGAAUACUCAGGACAGAACGGUUUUACAUGUAAUCGGUGUGGAGAGAGUUUCAGUUGUAAAGGAAACCUCAAAAAUCAUACGAGACUUCACACUGGAGAGAAUCCUUUUACCUGCAAUGUGUGUGGGAAUAGCUUCACAUAUAAAGCACACUUUGAUACCCACAUGAGAAUUCACACUGGAGAGAGGCCUUUUACCUGCAAACUGUGUGGGAAGAGCUUCUCCCGCAACGGAUCUCUUAAGAUUCACAUGGUCGUUCACUCUGGAGAGAAGCCAUUUCCAUGUGAUCAGUGUGGAAAGUGUUUCAGACAUAAAACAACCCUUGAUUCACACAUGAAAAGUCACACUGGAGAGAGUCCUCACAUCUGCAGAUUUUGUGGGAAGAGCUUCUCAAGUAAAUCAACCCUUAAUGCCCACACGAGAAAUCACACAGGAGAGAAACCCUUCAACUGCAAACUUUGUGAGAAGAGCUUCACACAAAACGGAAAUCUUAAGAUUCACAUGGCAACUCACACAGGAGAGAAGCCUUUUGUGUGUGCUCAGUGUGGAAAGUGUUAUGCACGUGAAACAAACCUUACUUACCACAUGAGGAUUCACUCAAAAGAGUAUAAUUGUCAUCAGUGUGGACAGAGAUUCCCAGACAAGAGACGCCUUAGCUGGCAUGAAAAAAUUCAUUCUCGAAAAUCUUUCAAGUGCCAUGACUGUGGAAAGAGUUUCAGAUUUAAAGGAAAAUUUACGGUUCACAUGAGAACCCACACUGGAGAGAAACCCUUCACCUGCACUCACUGUGGAAAGAGUUUCAGUCAGAAAGUAACCCUUCAGGUUCACAUGAGGCUUCACACUGGAGAGAAACCUUUCACGUGUCUUCAGUGUAAGAAGAGCUUCACAUAUAAAAGAGACCUGAAACGUCAUUUGCAAACACAUUCUGGAAAGAAACAGCAGUGCUCUGCGAGUAGAAAGAGGCUUAGAAAAAGGAGCAGUUUGAAAAAUCAAAAGCACGAUCGCUCCGGAGGAAGGCAGUUUAAUUGUGAUCAGUGUAAGAAAACAUUUCUUUUGCCAUCACACUUACAGAUACACCUGAAAAGUCAUGCAGAUGUGAAACCACAUUUGUGUUCUUCGUGUGGAAAGUGUUUUAAAUGGCUCAGUAGUUUAAAAUGGCACCAGAAAAUGCGUAUCUGUGUGAAAUUGAAGCUACGUUCUCACCGCAGCCGAAAGUGACCCAAAUCUGAUCAUCCACCUUCAUGACAAUUUGCAUUCUUCUCCUCUAGAUAGACUCUUCUACAUUUUAACCGCUGUAUAUGUGACCAUCUGCUUUGCUAUAAUUCAGUAUAAUUCAAUUUUGGUUUGUCGCAAGACACACCAUUGUGAAUAUGAAAUUCAUCUUUGAAACUUUUUACAUUCACAAAUGUAAAAAAUAAACGUCAUUAUUACAAGUGUCAUUAUUGUUAGAUUAGUUAAUUGUAAAGUUCAUUAGUGAUGAAAUUCAAUUAUAAAGGCAGAAAAUAAUGUCAUUAUCCAGCUCAAUCUUUCGUUCUUAUCUGAGGGCCUGUUUACACCUGGUCACUUCAU